AUGUCUACUACUCGUUAUCCUGAUAUAAUUCAUCAUGCAUUACAUGACGCUGAUGCUCAUCGUCGUCAUUUAAUGAGUGAUCAAAAUGCAACAGGUAAUGGUAAUGUUGGGUAUCCAUCAGGUCAAGAAAUUCGACGCUCAUCUCUAUCACAUACACCAACAGCUAUUGAACAACAAUAUCUUAAUGACUGGGGAUUUUAA